GGUUGGUUCGGUGACGUUUGUUGUCGAAUUCGGUAGGCGUUUCGCACACAAAAUCAACUGAAAAUACCGACCACAGAUAAAGACAAUUCGGCAGGAUGACCGAUUCAAAAUACUUCACCACCACCAAGAAGGGCGAAAUCUUCGAACUCAAAUCGGAACUGAACAAUGACAAGAAGGAGAAAAAGAAAGAGGCCGUCAAAAAGGUGAUAGCUUCGAUGACGGUGGGCAAAGAUGUGUCCGCGCUUUUCCCGGACGUCGUCAACUGCAUGCAAACUGACAAUCUGGAACUGAAGAAGCUGGUCUAUCUGUAUCUGAUGAACUAUGCCAAAUCCCAACCAGACAUGGCCAUAAUGGCUGUGAACACGUUCGUCAAGGAUUGCGAAGAUCCGAAUCCGUUGAUUCGCGCCUUGGCCGUCCGAACGAUGGGCUGCAUCCGCGUCGACAAAAUAACCGAAUAUCUGUGCGAACCGCUGCGAAAGUGUCUCAAAGAUGAGGAUCCGUACGUGAAGAAAACGGCCGCCGUUUGUGUGGCCAAAUUGUACGACAUAUCGUCGGGAUUGGUGGAGGACCAGGGCUUCCUGGAGCAGCUCAAGGAACUGCUGAGCGACUCGAAUCCGAUGGUGGUGGCGAACGCGGUCGCCGCCCUCUCCGAAAUCAACGAGAGCAGCCCGACCGGUCAGCCUCUGGUCGAACUCAGCACCAACACGAUCAACAAGCUGCUGACGGCCCUGAACGAAUGCACCGAAUGGGGUCAGGUGUUCAUUCUCGAUUCCCUGUCGAAUUACACGCCGCGAGACGAGCGGGAGGCGCAGAGCAUCUGCGAACGUAUCACGCCGCGUCUGGCGCACGCGAACGCCGCCGUCGUCCUGUCCGCCGUUAAGGUGUUGAUCAAAAUGAUGGAGAUUUUGGCCGGGGACGUGGAGUUCUGCAACACCCUGAGCAAGAAAUUGGCGCCGCCGCUCGUCACUCUGCUCAGUUCCGAACCGGAAGUUCAAUACGUGGCGCUCAGGAACAUCAACCUGAUCGUGCAGAAGAAGCCGGACAUCCUCAAGCACGAGAUGAAAGUGUUCUUCGUCAAGUACAACGAUCCGAUCUACGUGAAACUGGAAAAGUUGGACAUCAUGAUCAGACUGGCGUCUCAGGCGAACAUCGCACAGGUGUUGAGCGAGCUGAAGGAGUACGCGACCGAAGUGGACGUGGAUUUCGUGCGGAAAGCGGUCAGAGCGAUCGGCAGAUGCGCCAUUAAAGUCGAACCUUCGGCCGAACGGUGCGUCUCCACCCUUCUGGAUCUGAUCCAGACCAAGGUCAACUAUGUUGUGCAGGAAGCCAUCGUCGUCAUUAAGGAUAUUUUCAGGAAGUACCCAAACAAAUACGAGAGCAUCAUCAGCACGCUGUGCGAGAAUCUCGACACUCUGGACGAACCAGAGGCGCGUGCCUCCAUGGUCUGGAUCAUCGGCGAGUAUGCGGAACGUAUCGACAACGCUGACGAAUUGUUGGACAGUUUUCUGGAAGGAUUCGCCGACGAGAACGCGCAAGUGCAGCUGCAACUGCUCACCGCCGUCGUGAAGCUGUUCCUGAAGCGUCCGCAGCACACGCAAGGACUCGUGCAGCACGUUUUGAGUCUCGCCACUCAGGAUUCGGACAAUCCCGAUUUGAGAGAUCGCGGUUUCAUCUACUGGAGAUUGCUGAGCACCGAUCCCGCGGCCGCCAAAGAGGUGGUGCUGGCCGAUAAACCGUUGAUCUCGGAGGAGACCGACUUGUUGGAACCCACACUGUUGGACGAAUUGAUUUGCCACAUUUCGUCGCUGGCGAGCGUCUACCACAAACCGCCCACAGCUUUCGUCGAGGGCAGAAGUGCCGGUAUCCGGAAGACGCUGCCGGUCAGACAAGGAUCGACGGACGAGGUCGCAGCCGAGGCUACCGUCAUCCCCAACCAGGAGAGUCUGAUCGGCGACCUGUUGUCUAUGGACAUCGGAGGUGUGGCUCAACCUGCCGCCCCCGCGUCGGCACCCACCAGCAACGUGGAUCUUCUGGGCGGUGGUUUGGACGUUUUGCUCGGAGGUGGUCCAGAUUUGACGACAACAGGAGUGGCCGCCCCUUCGACGACCGGUCUCCUAGGCGAUAUCUUCGGCAUUUCGUCCUCUCCGUCGAUGUACACGCCGCCGAAGACAUGUUGGUUGCCCGCCGACAAAGGAAAGGGCAUGGAAAUACACGGCACCUUCUCGCGCAAAAACGGACAGAUGACGAUGGACAUGACGUUCACGAACAAGGCGAUGCAGGCGAUGAACGGUUUCGCGGUUCAGUUCAACAAGAACAGCUUCGGAGUGGCUCCCGCUUCGCCGAUGAACUUGUCGCCGCUGCAACCCGGACAGAGUCUCGAAUACAGUCUGCCUUUGAACAACACGGGACCGGUGCAGAGGAUGGAUCCCUUGACCACACUGCAGGUGGCCAUCAAGAACAACGUCGACGUCUUUUACUUUGCCUGUCAAAUUCCGAUUCAAAUUCUGUUCUCCGAAGACGGCACUCUGGACAAGAGAGUCUUUUUGACCACUUGGCGUGACAUUCCCUCCGCCAACGAGGUUCAGUACACCAUUAACGAAAUCAAAGGCAACACCGACGCCAUUUCCAGCAAGAUGACGCUGAACAACAUAUUUACGAUUGCCAAGAGGAACGUCGAGGGUCAAGACAUGUUGUACCAAAGCUUGAAAUUGACCAACAACAUUUGGGUGUUGCUGGAGCUCAAGCUGACUCCGGGAGUGACGACCGCCACUCUAAGUUUAAAGUCCAGAAGUGUAGAAGUUGCGCCGUUCGUUUUCCAAGCGUACGAUUUUAUCAUGAGGAAUUCGUAAACAGUAGUAACAACAGUACACACUCGAUUAGAUUUGUAAGAAGUAAACAGUUAUUAUUAUAAUUAUUCAAAUGUAAUGUUGUCAUUCCAAUGUUUUAUUUAUAGGAAUUAUUAUUAUUACUAUUAAUUUUAUUAUAACCAUUGUCUGUCGUCAGAUAUCAUGUAUGUAAUAUAAAAAUAUAUGCUAUGAAGGUUA